CAGCAAGACCCGCAUUCCCGAGGCACAUUCCGGUUGCCGGGACGCUGUGAGCUAAGUAUGGAUAUUGAGUAUGUGGGCGAUCAAUGCCUUCUAUUUUAUUGCGAGGUUCUUAUUUUUUAUUCAUAACUUUGAUUCUCUGCUAUCCCCUCCGUAUUGUAUACACCUUGUUUUUCUAUUCUCUUCUCCGUUCCAUGAUUAACCCCGGUACAGAAGAUGAGGCUGGCAAAGUCCCUGCCUGGGGAUUCACUUCCGAGGGGCGUGACCUAGCUAACCCUAUCUAUCCUUGCUGGCCAGUAUUCAACGCACCUUGAUUCCAAAAGGGUGAUAUCCCCGUUUCACGAUCAGCCAAUGUGAGUUCGCCCGGGUGGCUGAUUCCCUUCCCCAGACUCACACUGCACUACCUGUGUGACUAUGGUUUCAGACGCGCUGGUCCAAAACUCGCCACUUGGCAUGGGUAGUUACUGUGGGUGGGAGUGUGUAUUGCAGGUGUUGGGUGGAGGGGAUGCGAUGCGGGCUUCGAUGGUUUGGUUUAGCCCUUGCCCAUUCCUUUCCUUUCCUUGUCCUGGGAGAUGAGGAGGUGGAUGGUUGUGAGUCUCGACGGGCUUAGACUGGGUUUGGUGUAGGUUUUGCAGGGAGGUGAUCCGCGCGGUUGGAAUGACGGCUGGAUUUGAGUUACUGAUACGGGGGAUACGGGGUUGAAA